ACCUCAAAACCACCUGGGGACACCCUGAGGACACCUAGGGCCACCUCAAAGCCACUCAGGGUCACCUUGAAGCCACUUGAGGCCACCCAAAAGCCACCCAGGGCCACCUCAAAGCCACUUGGGGACACCCAAAAACCACCUGGGACCACCCUGGGGCCACCUGGGGACACCCAAAAGCCACCCAAGGCCACCUCAAAGCCACUUGAGGCCACCUCAAAGCCACCUAGGGCCACCUCAAAGCCACUUGGGGACACCUCAGAGCCACUUGGGGACACCUCAGAGCCACCCCCGGUGCGGCUGCAGCUCCGCGACGGCCGCGGGCGAGUCCUGGCCGAGGGCUCCCGGCCCCGGCUGCAGCUCAGGGUGGUGGCCAGGAGAGGUGACAACGGUGGCCAAAUGCUGUGCCGGGCCAGCCUGGAGGUGGGAGGAGCCCAGGUGACCAAGGAGGCGACGGCGCGGCUCGAGGUGCUCUACCCUCCGGAAUUCCCUCCCCGCGGUUGUCCCUCCAACCGGACGUGGCUCCGGGGGACGCUCGAGGCUCUGUCCUGCCUGGCCACCGGCAACCCCUCCCCCACCGUGCUCUGUGGCCACCACGGGGCCACCGUGGCCACCACCGAGCCCUCGCUGGUCACCGACUCCCGAGCCGGGACCUACGAAUGCAAGGCCACCAACGCCUUGGGGACACGGAGCCGGCGCGUCACCGUCAGGGUGGAGAGCGAGCCCACCAUGUCCGAGUCAGGGUGUCCGGCGCGCCAGGUGUGGGUGGAGGGACAGAGGUGGCACCUGGAGUGUGGCGCUGACGGGGACCCCGCGCCCAGCACGCGGUGUGAGCGCGAGGGUGGCACUCAAGAUGGCGGCACUCAAGAUGGCAGCAUUCAAGAUGACGGCAUUCAAUAUGGCGGCACUCCAGAUGGCGGCAUUCAAGAUGGCGGCAUUCAAUAUGGUGGCACUCAAGAUGGCGGUGUUCAAGAUGGCAGCAUUCAAGAUGGUGGUAUUCACCAUGGUGGCACUUAUGGUGGCACUCAUGGUGGCACACAUGAUGGUAGCACUCAUCACGAUAACACUCAAGAUGGUGGCACUCAAGAUGGCGGCAUUCAAGAUGGCGGCACUCAAGGUGACACUCGACAUGGUGGAAUUCAAGAUGGUGGAAUUCAAUAUGGUGGGACUCAUGGUGAUGGCACUUAUGGUGGCACUUAUAAUGGCACUCAAGAUGGUCGCACUCAAAAUGGUCGCCCUCAUGGUGACACUCAAGAUGGUGGCACUCAUGGUCACAUUAAAGAUGGUGGUAUUCACCACAGGGACACUCGAGAUGGUGGCACUCAAGAUGGCACUUAUGGUGGCACUCAUCAUGGUGGCCCUCAUGGUGGAACGCAAGAUGGCCACAUUCAAGAUGGCAGCGCUCAUGGUCACACUCAAGGUGGCGUCGCUCAUGGUCACGCUCAAGAUGGUGACACUCACCACAGGGACACUCAAGAUGGUGACAUUCAUGGUGGCACUUACAGUGGCACUUAUAGUGGCACUCAUGAUGGUCACACUCAAGAUGGCAGCACUCAUGGUCACACUCAAGAUGGCGGCACUCAUGGUGGCACUUACAGUGACAUUCAAGAUGGUCACACUCAAGAUGGCGGCACUCAUGGCGGCACUCAUGGUGACACUCAAGAUGGCAGCGCUCACCACAGGGACACACAAGAUGGCGUCACUCAUGGUCACACUCAAGAUGGUGGCGCUCACCACAGGGACACUCAAGAUGGCAUCACUCAUGGUCACAUUCAAGAUGGUGGCACUCAUAGUGGCACUCAUGGUGGCACUUAUAGUGGCACUCAAGAUGGUCACACUCAAGAUGGCGUCACUCAUGGCCACACUCAAGAUGGCGACAUCCAUGGUCACACUCAAGAUGGUGUGACUCAUGGUCACACUCAAAAUGGUGGCACUCAUCGUGGGGACACUCAAGAUGGUGGCACUCAUGGUGUCACUUACAGCGGCACUCGAGAUGGUCACACUCAAGAUGGCGUCACUCAUGGCCACACUCAAGAUGGCGACAUCCACGGUGACACUCAAGAUGAUGGCGCUCACCACAGGGACACUCAAGAUGGUGACACUCAAGAAGGUCGUACUCAAGAUGGUGGCGCUCAUGGUCACACUCAAGAUGGCGGCACUCAUAGUCACACUCAAAAUGGCGGCGGUGCCACCCCCGGCCUCCGUGGCCGCGUUGUCACCAGGGCCGAUGGCGGCCGCUACGUCUGCAGGGCCACCAACCGGCACGGGGUGGCCACGAGGAGCGUCCUGGUCACCGUGGAGUACCCCCCCGCUCUCCCCCAGCUCGGUUGCCCCGCUCGCCACCGCUGGCUCGAGGGGAGCCCGGCCCGGCUCAGCUGCGCGGCCACCGGGAACCCCGCCCCCAGCGUCAGCUGCGCCUAUCGCGAUACCCGCAACUAUCGCGAUAUCAGCAACUAUCGCGACACGGAGCCGAUAUCGCGACACGGCGAUGUGGCCACGGCGACGCUGGAGGUCGCCAAUGUCACCCUGGGCCACGCGGGGAUCGUGGAGUGCCGGGCGAGCAACGCGCGCGGGUGGGCGAGCAGGAGCGUCAGCGUGGAGGUGGAGGCCCCACCCUGGGCCGUGAAUAUUCGAGUUUUGCCUCCUCCUCCCAUCCCCCCCGGCUCGGAUUUCUCCGUGUCCUGCUCGGCUCGGGGGGUUCCUGAGCCCACCCUGAGUUGGGAUUUUCCCCCCGCCCCCAACCUGAGCUGGGCAAGCAAAAACGGCUCCGUGGUGGCCACGGGGGCCAGCAGGGACAACGCGGGGAGGUACCGCUGUGUGGCCAGGAAUCAACAUGGAAUAGGGGAGGCGAGUGUGGAGGUCACUGUGCAAGGAGAGCGCUGGCUGCCCUUACUGGUGGCACUGGUGUUACUGGGAGCCGGCACCGCCCUGGGAUCGCUCGGAGCCCUCGGCUGCUUCGUCAAGAGCAGGGCAGGGAAAAAAGGAGAAUACAACGUGAGGGAGGCUGAGGGGAUCUGUAUCCAGCUGGGAAAUAAAUAAAAUAAAUUAAAUUAAAUUAAAA